UUGCAAUGCGUCUGCUAGCUUCACCUGCGUCCUCGAGUAGGAUGGGCUUUCGGGGACGUGCCAAAAAAAGCCGUGGCUAUAAAACACAAACUGUUAUUACUGGUUUGCGUUGUCGUCUCAGAACUCCUUGUCAUUCAUCUGCUGUUUUUUUGUCCUACAAUCUGAAUGCUGAAGCCCCGAUAAUCUGGAGGAUAUGCUUAAAUCGCCACAAUAUUACCGCACCUACUAUUGCAAUCGUCCGCAGCUUAGCGAGCUGCACGGUCCAGCGCAGUCCCUGCACGAAAGCCGAGGCGCGCCCGGCGUCCUCAUUCCCGACCCGGUCCAUCUGACGACGGGCUGCGGCUGUUAGGGCUGCGGGAGGUGGGGUUGCGGGCUGCAUUCCUCCUGCCUCUCAGCUUCGGGACCCGAAGACAUCACUGGGACAUCGGGAAGCAGACCGUCCUCCGCUGCUGCUCACAGACAUCAGCAUCUGCCUUUCGCCUAUUUAUGCUCUAUACUUGCCCAUAGAAUAAAUUUCGGGGAGUAUGUCUCAGCUGUGGUUAUUUUUUCUACCUAAAUUAUCCAAAGAAAUUUAAAAAACGGACAGUUUAAAUAGAAAGAAGUCUUUUUCUCCCCGUUUCCACUUCUUCUUCUUCUUCUUUUUUUUUGCAAAAUGACAAGCUGUUUUAAAACUUCGUCGACACUGAGAUUAAUAUUGCCUUUAUGUUGUCUGUGGGUGCAGCACACUUCAUGGAAGCUGGUGGACGCCAUCCAUCCAGACUGUGCUAUAAUAUCACAGCUGGCCAAGGCCCAGGAGCAGUGCCUGCAAACACAGAGGCAGGAGGCCCAGAACCAGACAAUGCGGUCAGGAUGUCGAACGGAGUGGGUGGAAAUCCACUGCUGGUCACGUGCCGAGGUUGGGCAGGUGGUCAAUGCCUCCUGCUUCGAAGUCUCCCAGCUUUUCACCAACAACCAAGGUUAUGUGCACAGGAACUGCACCCAGCAGGGCUGGACGGAGCUGUACCCUGCCUAUGAGGAAGUGUGCGAAUUCCGGGAGAAGGAUGAGGCCGAGUCUGAAACGACAUACUACUCAACGUUCAAGCAGGUCUACACCGCUGGCUACGCCACAUCGCUGGUGUCCCUCAUCACUGCCAUCUUCAUCUUCACCGCCUUCAGGAAGUUCCGCUGCACUAGGAACUACAUCCACAUUAACCUGUUUGCCUCAUUCAUCCUGCGGGCAAGCGCCGUCUUCAUCAAGGAUAGCGUGCUCUUCGCCGACGAGACCCUCGACCACUGCUUCGUGUCCACGACCGCCUGCAAGUCUGCCGUGGCCUUCUUCCAGUUCAGCAUCCUGGCCAAUUACUUCUGGCUGCUGGUGGAAGGGAUGUACCUGCAAACCCUGCUGGCACUCACCUUUGUGUCACAGAGGAAGUACUUCUGGUGGUACAUCCUGAUUGGCUGGGGUCUUCCAACGAUGGUUCUGACCAUCUGGGUGCUGACAAGAAACUUCUAUGAUAACAGAGGAUGCUGGGAUGAUAACGACUAUGCAGCUUUCUGGUGGAUCAUCAAGGGUCCGAUAACAGUGUCGUUACUGGUCAACUUCAUCAUCUUCAUCAACGUGAUUCGCAUCCUGGUGCAGAAGCUCAAGUCGCCCAGUGUGGGAGGCAACGACACAAGCCAUUUUACGAGGCUGGCGAAGUCAACGCUGUUCCUCAUCCCGCUGUUCGGCACACACUACAUGGUGUUCGCCUUCCUGCCCGAGAACACUGGGGAGGCAGCCAGGCUCUACAUCGAGUUGGGGCUCGGCUCCUUUCAGGGUUUCGUUGUGGCCCUGCUCUACUGCUUCCUGAAUGGAGAGGUGCAGGCCGAGCUAAAAAAGCGACUGUGCAAGUGGCAGAGCCAAGGCUACCUGAGCUUUGCCAAGAGACGGCGGACGCUAUUCGCCGAAAGCAGCACUGUCACGCAGAUCUCUGUGCUGGAGAAGGCCAGCCCCAAGGAGCUGCUGUCCUUCGAGGCCCAGAACAGCGUCUCAUCCAUCUGAGAGCCUGAUCCAGAUCCCUCUGCCCCCUGGGGGGCCAGUACAGAGGUAAAUGCUGGACUCGUUGCCGCCGAUGUCAGGAGACUGCAGUUUCUGAACCAGGAUGAUGAUGAUGCCGAUGAAGAGGACAAAGUUUAUCUGGAGAACAAACCAGGCAUUAAAUAGCAUCUGAACCACCCAGAUCAGGAUGGAAAUCUUUUACACGCUGUCCAUCUUUGUGAAUUUUAUGGGGAAAAAAACACUUCAAGUAAAUGCCUGUAGGGUGCAAAUAUACAAAUAAUAUUAGAGUAAUUUCAUCUGAGUCACGUAUGUUUUACAAAACAAAUUAAAACUUUUACAUUUAAUUUGAUCUGUUGCCUGAUUAUGUACAGAAUCAUUUACAGCAGUUCUGAAGCACACAGAUUAAAGCUGAGGUACUUUUAUUACCUGA